UGCCUUGUGCCUAUCUGUGAGACAGAGGCGGGACAGGUGGGCAGGAGAUGCUGGCGAGAGAGUGAAGCAUAGAGACCGGCUCUACCGCCCGAGCAGAACAAGGCAACACAGACAUCUGCCAAACAGCCAAGAGCGAAGAAGCUCACACACACUCUCUCUAUCCCUCUCUUCAACGUAAACCUGAGGAACGGAACCUGAGCCACAGAAACAGCAUUAUAACAGAUCCAACAGGAGUGCCAAAAUGCUGUGGAUUGCUGUUGUGUUGUUAUGUGGGGCCGUUGAACAACUGGAUGCAAAUUGCCAGGCAGCAGGGAGCCACAAAGCUUCUCCAAGUCCUGAACCAGAUCUCCACAACUGCCCACUAUACUCCAAGAAUGCUUGCUGCUCAGCGGAUACAGAUGACAAGAUGAGCACUUUGCCAGACGUUGCGCCCUGGAACAGAUGUGGAAUCUUAAGUACAAAAUGUGAGCAAUUUUUCAAACAGCUCUCGUGCUUCUACCACUGCUCCCCAGACACCAAAAUCUGGGCGAGUCCAGAUCUUCCCAAUCACCUUGUGAAUGUACCACUUUGCCACAGCUUCUGUGACCAAUGGUACAAAGCUUGCAAGAAUGAUCUGACCUGCACCAAAAAGUGGAAUUCUGGUUUGAAGCCUUCUAAUGCCUCUCAGACCAACUGUAGCUCGGAGUGUAUUCCUUACAGUAAGAUGUACAAGAACGGCAAGGACCUGUGUGAGAGCUCGGUUGGCGACACGUUCACGGUGCGAUCGUGCAACUGCUUGAGCCUGGACAAGGGCGAUGGGCGAGUGGUGGCAGCUCUGGUGCAGAAGGACAGCACCAAGGUGGGCGCUGACGGCAAGCUCCCGUGCAGGGAGAAGCGCAGCAUCAUCACUAAGCUGCGGCGCUCCAUGCACAAGCGCUCCCUCUUUGUUGAGGACAUCGACGGCAGUGGAAGCGGGUUCCCAUCAACCGAAUAGUUAAUUCCGUAUCUAACCCCUCUCGUUUGCAAUAGUUGCUGCUCUUAUUAACACAAUCUCCCCCUUGCUGUGUUUGUGCUGAUUAAAAGCUCCAGAGUAUCGCUGACUGCUUCACCCAUACCCGAAACACAACCAUCGCCACUCCAGCACGAACCUAGUCCUAUCUCUACGACCAUCAUCACACAUCCUUCUCUUUCAAGCCCACUAUUAAACAAAGAGCCACAGAUAAAAGAGUUCGGAGAAGGUAUUUGUGAUCUCAGUCCCACCAUAUCUCUCCUGGGUGCAUUCCCUCUCACAAUUUUCCCAUAUCACUUAAGACACAAACCAGUUGAAACAUUGGAACGUAGAAAAGCUGAGGGGUGCAGUACAUGUUCACGUCACCAGAUGUUCAAAUGCUGUUUCAUCUUCUCACCUCCAUCUAACUAUAGCUGCACUAACCUUCAUUGACAAGGCAGCAAAUAGAAGGGAUCGAAUUGUUAAUACAAUGUAACAAGCUGAAUAAUGGGACCGUUCUAGGAAAAAAAGUUGGAUGGAUCAAAUGUGCUUUUACCAAUCCCAAAACAAUUACCCUCUUCUGCUUACAGUCCACUAAGUAUUUUCCUUCCACGCAUCCUAUGCAAUUUUCUUAAACAAGCACACAGCUUAAUCCACAUAGCAACUUGCUGUGGAUAAAAGCAUCAAGCGUUCAAACUUCUCCAUAAACUUUGAAGUACAAUUGCAAGACACUUAUGGUCUUGUAUCGUGCUGCCCUGCUUUCAUAUAUGGUGUCUGAUCCAGGGCUGUUAUAUCUAGCAGUGCAUUUUAACAGCUCGCCCCAAUCUUAACUUUCAAUCCCGCAAGAAACAAACUUAGCCAGAAGCAACCCGUCCCAGAAAGACUCCUUUCUUUUCUGUUGGGUGGUGAACGUUUCAGUUCCAGUGGCUCAUCAAGACUAUUAAUGUUGUUCUCCUGUUCUCUCGUUCCUUGCUCAAUCAAAUCGAUCAACAGCUAACUCACAUCCAGAUUCACCACAUUUUAAGUCUAAAUUACAAAGAUCCAUGCAACAGGGAAACAGGGCGUUUGGCCCAACAUGUCCAAGAUACCCCAUCUAAGCAAGUCCCACCUGCUCCCUUUUGGCCCAUACCCUCUAAAGCCUUUCCUGUCCAUGUACCUGUCCAAGCAUCAUUUAAAUACCAUUAUUGUACCUGCCUCAACUACCUCCCUUUGCAACUUGCUUUAUACACCCACUAUCCUCUGAGUGAAAAAGUCACCCCUCAGCUUUGUACCAAGUCUUGUCCUAAACAUAUGUCUUCUUUUUGAUUCCCCUUCCCUGGGUAAAAUACCCUGUGCAUAUCUUCCUCACAAAGCUUCUUCUUGCGUACGGCCUAAAGUUGUCCGACAACUUGUUCUAUUUGAUUGUGCACGCCAGGUUGAUUGCAUUCGUCGAAACAGGGCGGACCACGUGAAGGUUGCAAUCUCCCACCCCCUCCCAAAGCUGAUAGCAAGUAUAAAUAUUUAAAUCAAACAUUUUGCGAGCAGCAUGAGAGUGUCCAGUUGGCAAAACUAUAAUCUCUUCGAACAUCAUUUAGUUUCUCUAUUGAACGUUGGGUGCUCAUCUUAAAGCCUCGGUCCUUGGGGCAAUUCUACAAACCCUCCAGUAUUAUAGCAACAAAUUAUUAGAUGCCUGAAAAUUGUCAUUUGUUUUGCCCAAAAGUUCUUUGCCCUUCUUCUAUCACCUGCUUAGAGCAAAGCAUGAGCAUUUACAUUGGACAUCUAACAAAAUAAGACUUGAGUUGUAGAUAUUUUGUAAGGGUCACAUUUCCCAUUCUAUUGCGCCUAUUUUCACUGUAUCUUAGUACCCAGGACAAUAAUAAUCCAAUACCAAUUGUGGAAUGGAAAGAAGAUUCUAAGUCGCAUCCCAAGGGCAGCACGGUGGCACAAUGGUAGUGCUGCUGCCUCCCGGUGCCAGAGACCCGGGUUUGAUCCUGAUCUCAAGUGUUAUCUGUGUAGAGUUUGACUGUUCUCCCACUGACGGUACCUCCAGGAACUCUGGCUCUCUCCCACAUUGCAACGAUGUGCCACUCUGUACGUUAACGGCACUGAUAUAAACUGCACUCUAAACUGUAGCAUUCCAUUACAAUUUCAGAACAGUUGGGUCAACGACAAAUAACCAGUUAGCAUGAUAUUACAAGCUGUCAAAGAACGCUGCAACAAAUAGAUUUAAAUGUCGCCAUUGUCACCUCGGUGUUUAAUUACAUAAGGGUAAAGUGUGCAAGAUGAGUCAUUGUAGUGCGUGAUUGCAGAUCCACUUCUGUGACUAGUACACAAAGACUUGCCUGGGUUGGACGGAUGGCAUCUUGGAUAGAAUACAUUUAAAUUAAACACUUGAUUCAUAGGUUUGUGUGUCAUGUGCCCUUUUGCUUUAUGAUGCCCACAAAUUUAAACUCUUGCUUUCCACUUAAUUCUCGGCACUUUCACUGCUGUAGUUCAAACAACUAUCCAGCACCCUGACAACAACUCCUCUCCACUGGCCAGCUAUCUCGAGUUGUACAUGCUCAUGAUUCAACCCUCAACUUAGGCCCAGAGCUAUUUUGCUUUGCAAAUGCCACAUUUUCCAGGGAGACAACACACCAUUAAAUGAGUUGCUCCAGCAUUUUGCAUCACACCUUUUUAACCCUUCCAUUUCCACUGAUUGGGGAUGAUCAGCCAUGAUCACAUUGAAUGGCGGUGCUGGCUCGAAGGGCCGAAUGGCCUACUCCUGCACCUAUUGUCUAUUUCUCUCAUUUCCCUCUCCCCUGACUCUCAGUCUGAAGCAGGCUCUCGACCCGAAACGUCACCCAUUCCUUCUCUCUGCCUGUCCCGCUGAGUUACUCCAGCAUUAUGUGUCUAUCGUAUUCUAUCAAAGUACUGAACAGAACAUGUUUUGUUUUGUUAAAAAGUUCUUUCAGACAUUGAAUAAAACAAUGAAAACUGACCAGGAACAAGUUAAUACACAGAUAGAGUAUUGUCCUUGCAGAGAUGAAUUAAAAUUACAGAGGGUGUCUUUUAUACUGCAAGUUGCUAACCCAAACUCUGAACGAUGGGGAGUAUUGUCCUUGCUUUUGUUAGUCAACUAUAUAUUUUCUUGGAAUGUAAAUGAUAAAUAAAAACCAUCAGAAACGUAAUGACGUAUACAGCUUAUACAGUAACUCUCCGCUAAUGUACAUUCGUAUAAACUGAUAGAAUUUGAACUCUAAAUAUCUUGGCUGAAACAGUUUAAUGGAGUUACGUUUUCAGCUCGAUUUAGUGUUUGCGUAAACUAUUGUGGAGCAAACCUACAUUUUUUUGGGGUUAUUUUUAUAGAAAGUCCUAAUUAGAAAUGGGGAAUGUGGUGGUAGAAUGUGUUGAUAACUUAUCCAAGCUUGGCUGCACACAAUAAAAAUGUUUCCUCAGACCAUCAUGGAUAGGAAAGGUUUGGAGGGAUCUGGUCCAAAUGCUGGCAGGUACGGGCAAGUUGGAACUAGUGUUAGCUUGGACAUGUUGGCCGGUUGUGGGCAAGUUGGGCUAAAGGGCCCAUUUCCACACGGUACCACUCUAUGUAUCACUCUAUCCCUAUUCCAUAGAAUUAAUGUAUAAAUCACCAUUGUUCCUGCAACAGUCUAAUCCCCUUCAACUUCAGACAACGUCAAUUGUAUCUCCUGCCAUUAGGUGAAGGAGGUUCUUGUGUUGCAGUCUGCUUUGGUCUAGAUUACCAGUAACCCCCCCAUUCACACAACACGCUAGCAACAUGCCCUGAUCUAGUGCUUUCAAAAUUAUAAAUAAAAACAUUCCUACAGCCUUUUAUUAUGUAUUUUAGAUAAAGUUCCUGCUGUGGUGUCUGGUGCUUGUUGGUAUAAAGUCCAUUGCUGUGGAUUCUGGCCCUGUGCAGAUUGUGUUUUGGACAGGAACAUUAAGAUAUAGUUGUCUUUGUAUAAAUGGAUAGUGCACUUUUUUUGUUUCUGCUUCUGUCUUUUUAUUAACCAGUUAUCUGUCUCUGUACUACUGAUGUUGUGCAAUUCCAAAGAACUAUAAGAUUUACUAAUAAAAAUGGGAAACGUGGUGAUAAAAAUGUCAAUGUCGUGACGUUUUAUU